AUCUUGAAAGUGGAAAGGAAAUGGCAGAGAAGAACACAAAGAAGUUAAACAGUAAUACACCAGAGCUAAAGAAAAUAGAAGGAAUGUUUUGAUAUACCUUUACAAGAUGUAAAAGUGCCAAAUUUUGAUUUUGAAAAAAAUUUAAAGUUGUUUAAUAAAGAAGCAAUCUUUGAAGAGCUUAAGGGUUCAAGUAAGUCGAAAAAGAGAUCGGGAAAUGUCAAAAAUUCAGUGGAACAAGAACCAGUUAACCUUCGACAAAUUUUGGCUCCAUCACAACAUACUGGAGGUGAAUAUCAUACAAAUGAAGGUAUUAUUGUUCCUUCUAUUUCUCUUGAGUUGAAGAAUGAACUCAUUCAAGUCUCAGAGAGUAUGGGUUUUAGUGCAACACAGAGAUUUGAAAAUGCUGGUAUUUGUACCUGUCAAAUGGCCUUACAGCUGCUUGGUGGUGGUAAUAGAUUAAAACAGCGUAAUGCUCAUCAACCACCUCAUGUUGUCAUCUUGGCUGGUCCUAAUGAUGUUGGUAUUCAAGCAAUAUGUGCUGCAAGACAUCUAGCCAAUCACAGGGUUCAAGUUACGUUAGCAGUCCCAGUAAAAACACAGAUUUUAGUACAAAAUCUUGCUUUGUUUUUUCACACUGGUUCAAGAUUGACGUCUAAUACAUCAGAUCUUCCAAAAGAACCUGUUGACCUUAUCAUCCAUGGUAUGUUUUCUCCUAAUGAGAAAUCCACCAAUCAAACGCCAUCUGAACUGAAGUCUGCUUGUCAAUGGUCCAAUGAUAAUAAAGCACCAAUUUUGUUACUAGAACCAAGCGCCAACACAAGUGACGUUGAAUCAAAAUGGUCGCUUUCUUUGGGUCUUCCUCUAAUUGACGCUUCAAGUGGAUGUCAAAUGUAUUUAGCAGAUCUUGCUAUACCUAAAGCAAUGUACAAUGCUGUUAACAUCAACUAUACUUCUCCUUUUGAAGAGAAACUUGUGAUUGCUUUAAAUCAGUGAAGACAUUUAGAGAAGGCAGAAGUUGAUUUCAUUUUCCCAAAAUGGAUUCUCAGUCGUUUUGUUGUAACGCAGUCCAUCGCUUCUUCUAUGUUCGAACGUUUUAGGUAGGCUUUAAACUUUGAGGGCAGAUAGAUUACGUAUGAUAACAAAUUAUUAUGCUUAUUUAACUAAAUCUUUCAAAAUUGUGAUAUAGCUUUAUCUUUUACUGUUUUUGUUAUUCACUAUUAAGCUCAGUUUCUGCUUGAAUACAGUCAUACUAAUGGUGA